AUGUCGUCAACACCUACAAACUCCCAAGACUUCGAUCCUCCACCACCAUACUCGGCAACCACCACAAACCCCAGCACAAGCAAUGCCACCAUCACCAACACAACUGCAGCAACACCCUCGUCACACAUGACCACCCAACCCGCAAUCCCCGAAUAUCUCAUCUCCAGCCAAUGGCAACACCUAAACAAACACAUCCCAAACCACUACUGGAUAAAAAUCACCAGAGAUGUCGCAUCGGCAACACUGACCCAAGUCCACUGCGGCAUCAGCAGAUACCAAGACGACAUUGAAGGACCCGAUUGUUUCUUUACCUGUGACUUGCAGCCACGCACUCCCGAUACCAGCAAGUUUGAGCUCAUCGUCUUGUGUGCGCAUAUUGCCAGAAAUGCAAGGGGUCAUCGUGGGUGGCCGAAGGAAUACUGCGGUUGCAACUUUGGUGAUAUCAAGCAAGGUGUCAGCUGCAACAAGGACGGUGCAUGUUGGGUUGAUAGGGCUUUGCAGUGGUUUGAUGCUUGGUUGGUUAGGAGGUGGAUGAGGCAGCAUGAUGGACUCUGCUGUUGCAGGUGUUUCAACGUGGAGAACUUGAGCUGUGAGCUUCCGUUGUACUCGAGAGUGUAA